AUGUCGUCCCCGUCGUCAUCCUCGAAGGGUAUGUCCAAUGAACCGAACAACUUGCUGAUGUUCAGGGCGGCUUUGUCCAACAGCUUCCAGGACAUUGCCAAAUGCGUGAGUGAAGAAGAGUUUCUAAACAUUUUUACAAUGUUGGAGUCCAAAAAGUCGUUAGUAAAAAAGCUACAUAAAGUGAUGGAAGAGGAUUUACUAGAAGUUAUGGAACAAGAUUUACAAGAAAUAGUGACUGAUGAAUGUUUAGUGGAAGGCAUGAAAACUUUGUCAAAAUUAUCAGAAGAAACUACAGUACCCUCUGAUAUCAAACUAUGGAGGCCGCCAGGAGACGUCAAUCUUCAUUUAAGAUCCUUAGAUGCGGAAAAAAUAAAAAAUGAGUGUGAAAAGUUGGAAUCUUAUAUAAUUAGUUUAAAAACGGAAAAUAAAGUUCUGGUUGAAAAGGUAACGAGAAAAAGAGAAAAUAUACAACGAAUACAUGAUCACAUGAAACAAUUGUUGAAUAUGCCAUUCAAGUUAUCUGAACUUGAAAACACUGCAAAGUUGAAUCGAGAAUGUGUCGAAAAACUGUACGACAAUGUACCUUGA